AUUAUGUUUGGAAUUUGCAAAUGCAAUAUACAAAACCAGAUAGCGGAAUGGAUCGAAAAGGAAUGUCAUUUGGAGCUUCUGUAUAGGAGUAGUCUUCAUGGAUGUACCUCCCAGAAGUUCCAUGAGUUCUGUGACAACAAGGGGCCUACAGUGAUUGUCUACUACAACAUAGAUAACAAUGUGUACGGAGGAUACACGUCACAGAGCUGGGAUAGUAGUAACGAAUGGAUAAGAGACGAAAAGUCAUUUCUGUUUAAGAUUAUCAGUAACGAUAAAUGGAAACCCAUGAAAUUCCCUUUAAUUAAAUCGAAUGCAGCUUUAAAUGUUGCAGUGUACAGCAAUAAUGGACCCUGGUUCGAAAAUUUAAGAUCCUUUUAUGGUUCUCGUGAGAAAACAUCUGGCCAUUAUUCACUGAACACAAGCGGUUUAUUUUCCGGUAGUCAUUAUGAUGUUGGUGGAGAGAAUCCACAAUCAAUAGCGAACGGACAUAAUAAUGUCUUUGAUCUAGAGGUGUACCUCGUGAAAGAUGGUCCGGAUACUUACACAUGUGAUCCUUGGAGAGAUCAACCAGUCUGGGAAUCAGCGACAUUUCUUGAACUUAAAAACUACGUAGUGGACUAUGAUCCUAUGGAGGAAGUUGAAGUUCCGGAAGCAAAUAUCCUGCUUGUUGGACAAGUUGGUUCUGGGAAAUCAAGUUUGUUGAAUACCUUCAACUCCAUAUUUAAAGGAGAAAUGACAUCACGGGCCUGGACAGGAAGUUCUGAACACAGCCUCACUACAAGUUUCAACAAAUUCCGUAUUAGAAAUCCAUCUACAAAGAAAUUUUUAAACUUCAGAUUAUGCGACAUGCGAGGAUUGGAAGAAAACUUGUGUAUUAAAUAUGAAGACAUGGCUUUCGUGUUGGACGGAAACCUACCAAAUAACUACAAGUUUAAUCCUGUGGCCCAGGCCUCCUUAGACAGCCCUGGGUUUCAGAAGCAGCCAACACUGAAGGAUAAAAUACAUGUUGUUGUUUUUGUUGUGGAUGGAAGCACGCUUGAAGUGAUGCCAGAGGGAAUUCUAAAGAAGCUGAAGGAAACAAGAAGCAUGGCCAUCGAUAGAGGAAUUCCACUUCUUGUUUACGUAACGAAGAUUGACAGGAUGUGUCCGUUGGUUGACAGAGAAAUCAGCGACGUAUUUUUCAGCAAACCCGUUGAGGAAAUUGUAAACAAAAUUGCGGAUGUAAUUGCAAUACCAAGAGCACAAGUGAUUCCAGUGAAGAAUUAUGAAAAGGAGGAUCGCUUGAAAACCAAUAUAAAUAUAUUGGCAUUAAAAGCUUUGCGAAAAACAUUGUCCUUUGCCGACGACUUUCUGGAAAACCAAUUUGAACUACAACAAGAAACCAAACAGCUUAAUAUCAAAGAUUAAAUUCCUCUUUAAUUAACAAUCAAUGUAGAUGUAAAUUUACCGUUGAACCUAUCUUCUUGAAUUGACAUAAAUCUAAAUCCGUAGAAUUAUUGGAUGAAACAGGAACUGUAUUUUAUCUUCAUAACAUACGAGUGAUAUUUGAAUAACUUUUGUAAUUCUUAGAACAGCUAGCUUUUUUGAGAAAAAACUAUAUGAUUGAAAUUUGUUCUGCGAGUUUUGUCCCCUCCACAAGUUUGGUCCAUAUGGGUGUUUAUUAUUCAGAAAAACUAUAAUCGAACAUAUAUAAUUCCUAGCUGAAAAACAAAAGCUCUGCACCACUGCACCUCAGACUUUUGAUUCUGGAAUUUACAUAAUAAAAAUUGAUUUCUUGUACGAUUUCUGAUUGCAUGCAACAUAUUGAUAAUCCUAGGUCUGAUGUGUUAUACUUUUACAGUAUGUUCAAUAUAAAAAAUGUCCUUUUUCUGCUUCCUUAUAUGCUCCAUGGUGCUAAUAUCCACAUCAUGAGAGUUAUAAGCAGUGCAACAUUGAAACUAAGAACAAAAAGUUUGUAUUUGUAGU